AUGACCACUAACGGCAGCAAACCCUCCACCAUCCCCAUCGUCGACUUCGGCGAGUUCAACGACUCGUCUCCAGCCGCCACCCGCCAACAGAUCGCCCGGGAUCUCGUCCGCGCCUGCCGCGAAGUCGGCUUCGUCUACAUCGUCAACCACGGCGUGCCAGCCGACGAACUCGCCAAAGCUUUCGCUGUCUCCCAACACUUCUACGCCCUGCCACUGUCCGAAAAGAUGAAGGCACCUCACCCUCCAGGCUGGGAAGUGCACCGGGGCUACUCCUGGCCGGGGCUCGAGAAAGUGUCCAACGCCACGGCCGGUGCGGGAGACGACACGGAAGCCACGAGCAAGCUGGUCGAGCAGAUGCGGUCCGUACAGGACUUCAAGGAAUCGUACGAGAUCGGCUCCGAGCACGACCCGGACAUGCCCAAUGUCUGGCCGCCCGACGACGUCUACCCGGAGUGGAAGCCGUUCAUGACUUCCUUCUACUGGACAUGCUUCGGCGCAGCGAAAAAGGUGCUGCGCGCCCUGGCGCUGGGGAUCGGGCUGUCGGACGAGGAAGAGCUGGUACGCCAGCACUCCGGCCACUACAACCAGCUGCGGCUGCUGCACUACCCGCCCAUUCCGGCCAGGGUGCUCGAGGACGGCAGGAUGGAGCGCAUGCCCGCGCACAGCGACUGGUCGACCAUCACGCUGCUCUUCCAAGACGACGUGGGCGGGCUGCAGGUCGAGUCGCCAACGGAGCCGGGGGCUUUCAUCGACGUGGACCCCGUGGAUGGCGGCAUGCUGGUCAAUAUCGGCGACCUGAUGAUGCGCUGGAGCAACGACUACCUGAAAAGCACGCCGCACCGCGUCACGUUGCCGCCACUGCAGGAUCGGUAUAAGGGCCAGGAGAGGGUGACGCGGGCGCGCUACAGCAUCCCGUAUUUCCUCACGACGGACCCGGAAGAGGAGAUCGCGUGUUUGAGCGUGGGCGAGGGCGAGAAGCCAGAGUAUGAGCCGAUCACCCGCAGGGAGUACUAUGCCAUGAGGGCGAAGAUGCAGUACUGA